UUUCAGGUUAAAGUUUGGAGAUGGAUCCUGCUGGAAGUGGUGUGGCCUCAUCAGGUUCAUUACGCACAAAAAUAUCACUAAAGGGUAGAUACUCGCAGCUAUCGUUAGUGUGCCCUUUUCACUUGAUGAAGCCAGAGUUACCACAGCAGAGCGUUUUACUCGGCAGUAACGACUUAUUAGCGGAAUAUGAUAUGAGCUCAUCUUAUCAACGCUUUUGUGGCUCAAAACGGUUACGCGAAGAUCUUGGCUCCUUCCUCCCACAUCUUGUUGGCAGUUUCAAUUUUGAAAAUGCUUUGGAGUUCAGUUCAUUGCGGAUGUUGGUGGAAAAACCACCGAUUACCGGGAAAGAAAUUACCAGUCUUUCUGCGAGUGCGAUGGCAGGAUUUAGGCUCACACCAGGUGCCGUCCCCGAACCCUAUAGGUAUUUUGACAACAAAGUAGACGAUUUAAGCAGUGAAUCAAUAAAUUAUGAUGAAAAUGGCGAAGAAUUGAGACAUAAAAGGAAGUUUAAAUGGAGCUUGGAUGAUCUUGAUGAUGCUGAUUCGGAUCGAAAGUACAGAAAGCAUCGCAGCGAAGAUAAAGAUAGGAAGAAAGAAAAAAAGAAGAAAAAGGAUAAAAAACGGAAGAGGGAUUCAAAAGAAGAGGACCCAAACAAUAAAAUAAGAAAGAUAUGAAGAUUUGAUGGGUUGGUUGCUGGAAGAAGACAAUCUACUGGUUAUAAAACUAAAUAUCGGAAAGGGAAAAUCAGGAAAUGUAUCAUUAUAUGAAUAGCUGAACUUGAUUAAAAGGGACAAUAAUGGUCAUCAGGCAACGGAUCUUCGUCCGUGUUAGAGCGCAUUUCUGUCGAGAUGAGCACAUUACUAUCGAUGUUAUUGUAUCAUAUACAUUCAAGUAUGAUCUCGUUUGUUGAAUAUGAUACAAAUAUAGAUCUUUAUCCAUAUAUCCAUUGGUAAUAUUGCAUCCAGUGGUACCAGACUUGGUUUGCUGUUAGCAAACUCCAUUCUAGUUUUGACUGUUAUCAGUCCCCUUCUGAGUAAAAGUGUCUCAUUCGUUCCUUUGCAAAAUUUAUCCCGACAAUCUCUUUUAUUUUACUCAGAAAAUUAAACUAUGGUUCCCCUGCU